CUUCGCAAUCAAUCGCAUCCCAUACUUCCCUUACUACUGACUCUGAUCAUCCACUCUCCCGAUCGCAUUCUCUCUCCGCCCUCCCCUUCCCCUCCACUCCCUCGUUCGGCAACAAUGGGCGGCGCUAGAAAUAUCUCCCACGGCCGCGGCGGCGCAGGCAACAUCUUCUCCGGCCACAAUGAAUCCCGCACCACCCCAAAGGACCUCGUCACCCCCACCAUCAAACAAGACAUCUUCACCACCGGUCGCGGCGGCUCCGGUAACAUGAUGCACAAUGAUCCGGAACACCCCGAAUUAGCCCGAGAAAUGCAGGAUGUGGAGUCGCCCCCAUUGCGCGUGGAAGAAGCGCCGCACUUUAUGGGCCGAGGCGGCGCUGCAAACGCAUAUAUCCCUUCCGCGGAAGAAGAGAAGCGCGUGCGCGAACAGGAAGAGGAGCAGUUGAGGCGUGUGCGCACGCAAUCGAAGGAUCGCAGGAAGGAUGCUGAGACCGCCAGUGUCGCUGGUGAGGGUACCGGUGCUGGUGCUGGGGUUGGUGAAGAACGGAAUCCGUCCAGUUGACUAGCACAUGUUUGGAGUUGAGGAUGAGGUUGGAUCUAUUGCUGGGAAGUCAUUUCUGUCAGUUAUUUCUGCUGGCAGAUAUG